CAAUUCCACUUGGUUGGAUAUUUCAAACUUGGGCUCUGCUUUGUGUUUUGCCGUCAAGCUAAAGCAUUUACACUCGCCAGAACACAACGCACAGCUUCCAUUAUAAUAUAUUUGGGUUUCUGUAACAAACACAGAAAAGACUAAAAAAAGAGAAAGAGGGCCUGUUUCCUUUUCCUUUGUCGACGGUGGAAACAAACCCAUAAUCUUCCUUUCUUUUUUUUCCUUUUCUUUAAUUCAUUCUUUUUCUUACUUUCACCAACUAAUUGCUCAUUGGGGGGUUGAAACAGAGCUUCCGGUUCUUUUUCUUCUUCUUCUUCUUCUUCUUCAUUGUUUCCGAUUCCACCCAGUUUCUAUUUUUAUUUUUUUUUAUUUUUUUUUAUUUUUCUUCUUUUUUUCCUUUCUGGGUCUGUCCUUUUCGAUGGUUUGCAUGACGGGUUUUUGGGUUUUUGGGUUUUGAAGAACUUUUCUGUUGAAGAGGGGUGGUGGGAUUUUGAGGUAAAGGAAGUUGGGGUGGAGGAGGAAUGACUUGGAGAAGAGUGUUGAAGUCCGUGCAGGCACUUUUGGCCCACGGUUCACUCUUCUGUUUCACGCUCUUGCUCGUUCUCAAGCUCGAUCAUUUCGUCUCCCACAGUUGGUGGUUUCAUUGCGGUUCAUUUGAUUUUGGUUUUUUAUUUUCUCCCCUUUCUAUUCCCUCAAUUUUAAAUUAAAAUAAUGUGAAGUUGGGGAGGGUUAAUGUGUUUUUCAGGUUGAUGGGUUGUGUUAACUAUGGGUUGUUUAUCUACAACGCUGGUAGUUAUCAAUAGGAAGAUGAAUUGCUAAUCGAAUAUUUGGAUUUUAGAGACUGAGGAUGAUCGUUGAACUUGGCCGAAAGAAUUUUGAAAAUUUGUGGAGGUUUGGCUAUUGAGUUCAAAGGGUUGUAUUUUUUCCACUUUGGGUGUUUCAUGUGGUUGUUGCUCGAGGAAGGUUCUCACUACCUGCCCCAUCUCUUCCUCACAAUCGCCAUUGGGCACCAUGCCAUGCUGUUGUUGCGACACCUUUGCUUAUAUCAUUUGAAUUACUUCUUUGUGUAUACCUCGAGAGCUUAUCUGUGCAACACUUGUUGUUCCCGAAUUUUCACUAUUCAAUGGGCAUUGUUGUGUAUGUUUAUUGAGGCAAUACCAUUUCUGGCAGUUUAUGGUUUCGCUGCUGUGAACUUGAAGAUUGUCUUUCUACCGUUGCUGGCAUUUGAGAUCAUUAUUUUAAUCGAUAAUUUCAGAAUGUGUAGGUCACUGAUGCCUGGUGAUGAUGAAAGCAUGAGUGAUGAAGCAAUAUGGGAGACACUGCCUCACUUUUGGGUUGCCAUUUCAAUGGUCUUCUUUGUUGCUGCUACAGUAUUUACUCUACUGAAACUUUGUGGGAACGUUGGUGCCCUUGGCUGGUGGGACCUGUUUAUAAAUUUUGGCAUUGCCGAGUGCUUUGCAUUUCUUGUAUGUACAAAGUGGUCUAAUCCAGCAAUUCAUAGAAAUAUUCAAACAAGAGAACGUUGUUCAUCAUCAUCAGUAGUUAGAUAUCUAGAUUGGAACAGUGGUCUAAUAGUUUAUCCAGAGCAGGAUCAGCAUCAGAACAGAAUUUGUGGCCUUCAAGACAUUGGAGGACAUAUUAUGAAAAUUCCCAUAAUUGUUUUUCAAAUUUUACUCUGCAUGUAUUUAGAGGGAACGCCUGCAGCUGCUAAAAGUAUGCCACUUCCCAUCCUUUUCUCGCCUCUUUUUAUAUUGCAAGGUGCUGCUGUUAUUUACGCUGCAUCUAGAUUGUUAGAGAAAGCAGUACUUCUCUUAAGAGGCGGAUCUGGCACAGCAUUGUAUUUCAGUUUUUCAAUUAGGGCUCAUGCCUGUUUGGAGUUCUUUCAUCAUGGUUCAAGGCUAUUGGGAUGGUGGUCAAUUGAUGAAAGCAGUCAAGAGGAGCAGGCACGAUUGUACCACGAGGGUGCAUCUGGGUACAAUACUUUUAGUGGAUAUCCUCCUGAGGUUGUGAAGAAGAUGCCCAAGAAAGAUCUUGCAGAGGAGGUGUGGCGCCUUCAAGCUGCACUUGGAGAGCAGACAGAAAUCACCAAAUACAGUCAGCAGGAAUAUGAAAGACUUCAAAAUGAAAAGGUGUUAUGUCGGGUUUGUUUUGAGGGAGAAAUUAGCGUGGUUCUUCUUCCGUGUAGGCAUCGCGUACUAUGCAGUUCCUGCUCUGAGAAGUGUAAAAAGUGCCCAAUAUGUCGCGUAGUUAUCGAAGAACGCUUGCCAGUAUAUGAUGUAUAGAUCUUUAACCAAUCUAAAGGAAGAAUCAAGUGCAUAUUGAUGGUGGGAAAUUGACAAGAGUUUCGGUUAUAGUGAAAGAAUUGGAAGUGUUGGUGGUUGGUUCAUUAUAAAUACUGAUUCAAGGAAAGAUACUUCGGUAUAGAAAAUGCAGUUGCAAUACUGAACUCUAAACCUUGCUUGAACUCCUCUCAUUUUUCAAAUGUAAAGAAGUGGGUUUCUGUGAGGGUAGUUAACAAUGACAGUAGAAUACAAGUCAGUUGAUAUUGUUAUUGUAUAAUUCAGGUUUUCUUUUUCACAUAAUUCUCUCUGUAUAGAAUAACUUUUUUUUUUUUUUUUUUUUAACUCCAAUUAUAAUCCAAGUUUCUUGCUCA